GCCCGCCGCCUCUCUCCGCUCUCCGCGCUUCCCCUACCUCCGGGGCCGGGCCUGCCCAGCCGUCGCGGAGCCUCCCUCCCGGCCGCCCGUAGCUGUUCGCGCCGUGGCCGCCGCGCCGCGGGUCGGCACGUGCGCGAAGCCCGCCUCCCAGCAGCGCAGAGCAGCCCCCCGUUCCGGGCCCGCAGAGCGCAGCGCCCUCCUGGUGGCGGCGCGAUGCUGUGCUUCUUGAGGGGAAUGGCCCUCAUCCCCUUCCUCCUGGUGACCUGGUCGUCCGCCGCCUUCAUCAUCUCCUACGUGGUCGCCGUGCUCUCCGGGCACGUCAACCCCUUCCUCCCCUACAUCAGUGAUACAGGAACAACACCUCCAGAGAGUGGUAUUUUUGGAUUUAUGAUAAACUUCUCCGCAUUUCUUAGUGCAGCCACGAUGUACACAAGAUAUAAAAUAGUAGAGAAGCAAAACCAAACCAGCUAUUUCGGCACUCCUGUUUUUAACUUGGUGUCGUUAGUUCUAGGAUUGGUGGGAUGCAUCGGGUUGGGCAUUGUAGCCAAUUUCCAGGAGUUAACUGUCCCUGUGGUACACGAUGGCGGUGCCCUUUUGGCGUUUGUCUGCGGUGUUGUGUACACGCUCCUGCAAUCCAUCAUCUCUUACAAAUCGUGUCCCCAGUGGAACAGCCUUUCCACAUGCCGCAUACGGAUGGCCAUCUCUGCCGUUUCCUCUGCAGCCAUCAUCCCCAGUAUCCUUUCUUACAUUUGUCAGUGUCCUUGCAAGCUUGACACCCUCGCUGCCCCACUCCCCUCCAAAAAAAAUGGAGAAAGCAAAGGUUAACAGCCAAGUGUCAACAGGCUUCAGAAGAACGAUUGGGAGAAACGGGGACUUCCUGGUGGUGCAGUGGUGAAGGAUCCACCUGCCAAUGCAGGGGACAUGGGUUCGAGCCCUGGUCCGGGAAGAUCCCACAUGCUGCAGAGCAACUAAGCCCAUGCACCACAACUACUGAGUCUGUGCUCUAGAGCCCAUGAGCCACAACUACUGAGCCUGCGUGACACAACUACUGAAGCCCAUGUGCCUAGAGCCCGUGCUCCACUGCAAGAGAAGCCACCGCAAUGAGAAGCCCGCGCACUGCAAUAAAGAGUAGCUCCUGCUCGCUGCAACUAGACAAAGCCUGGGCGCAGCAAAGAAGACCCAAUGCAACCAAAAAUAAAUAAAUUAAUUUUAAAAAUUUCUUAAAAAAAAAUUGGAGCUAUACAAAAUGUGAAGUCUAAGGAUGGUUUUUGUUUUUGUCAUUUAGGGAAGAAAAAUUUUAAUUACAAAAUUUCUAAGCACAGAGGAACCAAAUUCUAGUAUUGAGAAAUUUAACAACAAACUAUACACCCUGGUUCCUAAGAUAGUGCCUUCUCUGUUUCCUUGUCCUAUUUAUGGAUUGAAGACAUUCAUGCUUUCUCUUGAGACGGAUCUCCUCAAACCUUUUAGCUCGUUUUAGUUGUAAGAUUUAUAGAACCAUUUGUAAAGUCAAAAACAAAGUUUUUUGGUAUAGGAAAACUUUCCUUGCUUCCAACUUUGGAGACAGAUCUCUAGAUACUAAAAUGAGAGAGGUUUAGCAGAAUUACUUUUUCAAGCCAGAGUUUCACAUACUAAUAGUUCCCAUUUCUAGGAAGUUCGUAUGAGCCAUGCUGACGGGUAGGAUCCCUGAACAGAAACAGGUUAUAUGUUUUUAUCCAAUUAACUUGAAAUAAUUCAUCCAUAGGAAAAAGUCUUUUGUCUUAAACAUUAGCAUGGAUUUAUAUUUCCUUAGAAAGAUUUUAAAGUAUCUUGAAAAUGUCCUUGUUUCUCUUUCCUGUAUUAGUUCCGUGAAACCUUAUUUGACUCCUGAAGAAACUGAGGCCUGGAAUCAUGCUUCUGAGCCCUUCCUGCUAAACUAUCCAUCUUGCAUUCAGCUUCUGCAGCUUUCAGAAGGCUUCACAAAAUCACUAACAAUGCAAAGGCCGGCUCCUUUGCGUGAGACGCAGUCUGAGGCUGCCUAUUUCACCGACCUCCGUUUUACACUUUCUUCCCUGACUGUGGCUGUUUCCUGUUCUCUGCUUUUGCCCAUGCUCUUCUUCUUGCCUGGAUAAACUUCUCCACUUUGUCUUUCUAGAACUGAACUGUCUAUCCAACGCAGUAGCCACUGGCCACACGAGGCUGUUGAGCAUUGAAACGUGGGUAGUCUGUGUAGAGAAGGGCCGUAAGUGUAAAACACUGGAUUUCAAAGACUUAAUGAGAAAAAAAAUGUAAAAUAUCUCAUUAAUAAUUGUUUAUAUUAUUACAUGUUGAAAUGACAACAUGUUUGAUAUAUUGGGUUAAAUAAGAUAUGUUAAUAUUAAUUUCAUUAGGCUCUUUUUCGUUUCUGUCAAUGUGGUGACUAUAGUAGAAAAUAUUGUUACACAUAUGCCUGAAUUUCUGUGGGAUGAUGCUGUCCUAGAGAGCUCCUCAAACCUCACAGCUUAGAUUAAACUCAACUCAGUGUAGCUUCCCUGACACCUCAAACCCCAUUUCGCUCCAAAUUAAUAAUCUUCCCUCCGAGUCAUGACUGCACCCUGUUCUUUUCUCUCUAACGCGGCACAUUCCCUGGGUCCAACAAGGCUGUAAUAUUUCUGGGAGCUGAGACCAGGUCUUUUUUGCCAGAGUUUUGUCUGCCUCUCCCCCCAACCCACUCCUCCCCAGCAUGGGACCUGAUGGGACUAAAGAUGAGAUAAAGAAUUAAGUGAAAGAAUUAAGAGGCUUUUAAAACUAUUAGAAACAGACAUACGGUCAUGACAUGAUUAGAGAACCUUUAAUGUUCUCUACUUCUUUUUAUUUUUUGGCCAGCGGCAUGCGGGGUCUUAGUUCCCUGACCAGGGGUUGAACCCGCGCCCCCUGCUCUGGAAGCGUGGAGUCUUAACCACUGGACUGCCAGGGAAGUCCCAUUCUCUACUUCUUUUACUUUGAGAAACUGAGAGGUGUUAAGCAUUGCAAAAUAUGGGACGUGGCGGAGGGCAGGGAGAGAGGGUGCUGACUCCAAAUUCAGAGGAGGCGCUAAACUUGGCAUUGAUUGACGCAACACUUGGAAUUAACAUUUUGCAAAAACUUUUAAAGAGCAUCCCAUUUCUCUCUAGCUUUCUCUUUGGCCUUCUAUGUUCAAUCAAAAUGGUUGUCACCACCUUUGUGCAGACAGUCUUGUCCACGUUGGGCAGUAGCCUCAGUCCCUGGCCUUGUUAGGCUGGCCUCUCAGGAUUUGUCCUUCGUCCCCAAGGUCAGAUGUAGGAUGUAUCUUUCUGAUUUGUAAACCCUUUGGGCCAGGGAGGAAGGGCUCCGUUUACACCCAGUUACUCAAUGGAAAAAUCUGUUUUUUUAAAUUUUUAUAAAGAUAAUACAUUAAAUUUCUGUAGCUUGUU